GAUGUUGCACAGAGGACAUCCUGCCGACGCCCGAGGCGCUGUGGGGCUCGCCCGACGGCUCGCACCUGCUCUUCAUGUCCUUCAACGACUCCGAGGUGCGCAGCAUGGCCUUCCCGUGGUUCGGCGCCGGCGCCGCGGGCGCUGCCAUCGCCGGCGGCUUCGGCCAGUGGCAGACCUUCCCCGACUCGCGCUCCGUGCGCUACCCCACGCCCGGCACGCCCAACCCAGAGGUGCACUUGUGGGUGUUGGACGUGAGCAACGCGAGCGACGUGCAACGCUGGGAAGUGAAGCCUCCGCCGGUGCUGGAAGACCAUAUGUUGUUGGUUGUUCCUACUGAUCCUUUUCUUAAUGAUGGAGUUGAGAAAGAGUUCUAA